UGUGUGUGUGUGUGUGUGUGUGUGUGUGUGUGUAGGGUGGGAUGUGCUCGGUGUUCAUGCAGGAGUCAGAGAAGGUGGUCAGCAUCAGCAGCGAUCACCUGGAGCCCGUCACCCCCACCAAGAACAACAAGGUGAAGGUGAUCCUGGGCGAGGACAGAGAGGCCACGGGGAUCCUGCUCAGUAUCGACGGAGACGACGGCAUCGUGCGGAUGGAGCUGGACGACCAGCUGAAGAUCCUCAACCUGCGCUUCCUGGGCCGCCUGGAGCACUGAGGACACACACACACACACACACACA